GUGCAUUGCCUGUUUUUAGAAAAUAAGUUUUGAUUUACACAAUAUGUUGAUUAAUUACGACUUUGGUUUUUUCCUCUCUAGUUCUGGUGCCCUAUGUUGCGACUUUGAUUUAGACAUGGAAUCGUGCAACGAGCUUGAUAUGUCUCUGCCUUCGAAUGUCAUAUAUUUUAUCGAGGUAAUGAAAGACGUCAGAGUGAUACUACUUUUAAGCCUCUCGUUGCAAGUCUUCCUAGUACUUGUUGCCCCCUUGAGAAAAUUCACAGGCAAAAAAUUUCUACUCUUGACUAUUUGGUCUGUUUACAUGCUUGCGCAAUGGACUGCUACUUUUGGUAUUACAUUGAUCAUUAAUCAAAACGUCGGUGGCGAAGGAUUUUAUGUCACCAUUGCUGCGCUCUCAUGUUGGGCUUCCUUUCUCUUGCUACACCUUAGCUACACCAAUAACAUUACUGCUUUUGCUCUGGAAACUAAAGAGUGGCUAAGUCAUAUGUAUCGCCUCAUUUUCCAAUUUGUAGCCACUCUUUUUGUCUUGGUUCUGUUAUUUUCAGGUCCAUCAUGUCCGUUGUUUUCAAGUAUACCAGCAAUUCUCGUAUUUAUUGCAGCAGUGAUCAAGAAUGCUGAGAGGACGUCUGCUCUAUAUCUUGCGAGUCAGGACAGGUUCAAGAAACCAAAGGAGGAAAAUCAACACCACACAACUGUUGAAAUUGGAAUGAAGACAGGUGGAGUACUAGAUGACUUAGAAGUUAUUCAAUAUGCUUAUUACAGCUACAAAAUUUGUAGGGGACUCGUGUUCGAUCAAAAUUACAACUUCAGGGAACAAACUCAAAUUCGAGAACUCUUCUCCUCAGUAGAAGCAGAAAACGCUUUAAGGUUAAUAGAGGUUGAGGUCAACUUUUUCUCUGAGGUUCUCCAAACAAAGUCCGAAUUCGUGCAUUCAGUGAAAGGAUACGUUUGUCGAUUUCUGGCCUUCGUGUUAGUUGCCACUGCCUUUGUAUGUUUCGAGUCGACAAGAAAGUCGUUUAAACUAGAUUCGUAUUCCAACUUCGAUCUUGGAGUGACAUACAGUUUAUUUCUCUGGGCCAUAUUCCAAGAAGUGAUAGCUUUCAUCAUGGUGGUUUUCUCCGAUUGGACAGUUGCAGCUCUUAUGCCUGAUGUAAGAUUGCGUGAGAAGAACUCAAGUAUUUCCAAGGUAAAACGACUUGUGUAUUCAAUUCUCUGCUAUUUCCUUGUUCUGAAAAGGCCCUUGUGGUACCCCUGUGAAUGUGAAAUCAAGCAUGAGCAUGAAGUUCUAGCCACACCAAUUUUACUUCGCCGCUGGUCAGGCUCUAUCUCAACAUACAACUUGAUGGGAUAUUGCUUGAAAUGUUGUCCAACCAGAAUCCAUUACCACAAAAGAGAUUGCUUUAGCAUUCUAAUUAACAAAAUCAUUCAUUUGUCUGGUUCUGUUAUCAACUUUUUAUCCCUUGCCCUUCUUUUUGAAGCUGCAGCAGACAUCAUCAAAAAAGCCAGUAAAUAUAUGGGCAAAUACAAGGCCUUUUCGUGGUCAGGCGUUAUCAUUGCCAGAGGAAUUUGGUGGUUUUGGAGCUUAAUCAUCAAGUGUUUGUGCUUCAUCGUCAGGAAAAUAUUUCAAUUUCUCUUGCUUAAGAAUUUGUUGGAUGAGAUGAGGUAUGUCUCCAGAGAACCAUUAACAAAAGACUUGUGGAAAUUUAUCUUUUUAGAGCUGAAAGACAAAUCCAAGUAUGCAGAUAAUCCAAGAACCAUUCGGCAAUUAUGUACUGCUAGAGGUGAUUGGGUUCUGAAGGAUGGAGCUUGGGAAAGCUGUUCAAGAGCGUUAAUUCCAUUUCUGGCUGACGUUAGUUAUGACCACAGCCUCCUUUUAUGGCACAUUGCAACUGAACUCUGCUACAACACUAAUACCAAUGAAGUUAAUAAUGAAAGUGCUGAUGAAUGCGGAUUCUGUAGCAACAAUUAUCGUGAAUUCAAAAGAUUCUUCACUGAGAAUGGUUUAGGACCAAAACAACUAAAGAGGGCAUGUGAACAAAUUCUGUCUAUAAAAACAAAUAAUGUGAAUAAAGUUACAAGUCAGUCUGUGUUGUUUGACGCGGUAAAUUUGGCCAACAAGCUAAAAACGUUGCAACAGGAAAAUGGGGUAGACAUAUGGAAGCUCCUUAGCAAAGUAUGGAUGGAAAUGUUGGCUUGUGCUGCAUAUCAUUGUAGUUCACAUGAACAUGCUCAACAAUUAAGUAGAGGUGGAGAGCUUAUUUCCUUUGUUGGGAUUCUGAUGGCACACUUUGGCCUUGGGGGUCGGUUCCAAGAUAUGAGAAUUCAAAGUGAAAAUGUUUGAUAGAUGGUCGCUCAUGGAUCCUUGGGCUUCGAUCAAUAUUUAAGGUUGUAAUGUUGCUUUUAAGGUAUUACUGUAUGAAAAGGAUUAGAAGGUGAACUUGAAAGAUUUGCAGACAUUAGAUUUCAAAAAUUUGCCUGUAAGUUCUUAUCCUUACCUUUAAUUUUGAUUAUUUUCAGUCUUGUAUUUUAAUUGGGAAAGUACUCCAAAACUGCGCUGCACGCAGUUGGUUUGUAUUGUACAUUUUUAUUAAUUAUUAAAUAUAAUAAUAUUAAUUUA